AUGGGCCUCCUCACGACUGGCCGCCCGCUCGGCUGGUGGGACGCCCAACCCCACCUGGACUACGUUCGCGAGCACGGCAUCGAGCAGUUUGUGAACGUGUUCUGCGCAACGCGUGAUCGCCAAGGUGACGUGCUCAAAUGGGGCGACGAGAUCGAGUACACACUCCUAGUUUUGAAUGAGUCCGAGCGUUGCACAUACUUAUCGCUUCGGGCACCGCAGGUGAUCCAAGAGUUGCAGUCCGAGGAGCGACUCGUGAGUCGCAAUUCGCUUGCCGACGUGCAGGAGCAUGUGACCGGAGAGUCGGAGCUGUCUGAAUUCGACUCUGCUCCAGUUCCAGAGACACUGUGGCGCCCAGAGUAUGCCAACUGGAUGGUUGAAGGUACACCUGGUGUACCCUACUCGUGUUAUAUGCGAGACCUUGUUUUGGUGGAGCAGAAUAUGGCACUGCGGCGAGCCCAGAUACGCCGAGUCCUGCGGCCGAACGAGCGCUUGCUCUCGCUCACUGCUUAUCCGCUGCUGGGCUGCGGGCGUUUUUGUGAGCCUGCUGGAGACGGGGUUUGCGGUCCACUUGCGCGCUCACUUUACCUUCCAGAUGCGGUCAUUAACCCGCACCCGCGAUUCGGUACGCUCACCCGGAACAUUCGGCUACGACGAGGCGAGCCGGUCGCCAUUCAUGUGCCUCUGUAUCGAGACAAGAGCACGCCGUCUGAGAUUCCUCUCUGGGAGGGUGGUUCGCGACACGGCGGCGUUGUUGACAUCGAUCUGCAUCAGAUUGUUGACGAAAAACUCGCAACGACAUCUCUGUCGCAGGACAACACCGACCAGAACGUUGGGUCUGUUCGGAGUGACGAAGCCGUGCGGCGACAGCGGCUGGCUUGGUCACUGUCGCAGGCCAGCAGCGAUACUGAAUUAGUACUUGUACCGAUUGAAGCACCGAGUGUCGAUGGUCCCGAGCGUCCCGAAGCGCUUGACGCGCAACACGACGGCCUCGGCUACUUGUGCGAGAAGGCUGGGCUUGCAUCGUGGAAUGAGCGAAAUCGCGACGGGAGGCACACCAGUCCAGAUAUCUACAUGGAUGCUAUGGGCUUUGGGAUGGGCCUCUGUUGUCUGCAAAUUACCCUGCAGGCAGCGAAUAUGGACGAGGGUCGGUACCUCUACGACCAGCUCGCGGUGUUGGCCCCGGUCAUGUUGGCACUGACCGCAGCGACACCAGCGCUGCGCGGUUUUCUCACCGAUACCGAUGUGCGAUGGAGUAUCAUCAGCGCUUCGGUAGACGAUCGGACCGCUUUGGAGCGCGCAUUAGGAUGCCCGCCCAAGUCGCGAUAUUCCUCGAUUGACUGUUUCAUCAGUAAUAGACCGGAAAUGAAAGCCGCCCUCUACAACGAUAUCCCCGUACUGGUGGAUGCACGUGCCUAUCGACGACUUCGCGAAGCCGGUGUCGACGAGCACCUCGCACGCCACGUUGCGCAUCUCUUCAUUCGAGAUCCGCUGGUCAUAUUUGAUGACUUUGCCACCGUCGACGACCGUGUAUCGUUGACUCAUUUCGAGAAUAUCCAAUCCACGAACUGGAAUACGGUGCGGUUCAAGCCGCCGAGCCAGACUGGCCCGAAUACGUCCGCGGGCUGGCGAACCGAGUUCCGCUCGAUGGAGCUCCAGAUCACGGACUUUGAAAAUGCCGCGUUCACGGUGUUCAUGGUGCUGCUGUCCCGCUGCAUUCUGGCGUUUGGCAUGAACCUGUACAUUCCGAUAUCGAAGCAUGAUGAGAAUCUUGUGACUGCACACCAGCGCGACGCUGUGCGCCAAGGCAAGUUCUGGUUCCGCAAACAUAUUUUCUCUCGCGAAGCAGAGCUCUCCUGCUCUGUCCGGUGUCACUAUCGAUGCGCUUGCGGUUCGGAGCACUGUGUCUCGUUCCAGAGCCUGAACGCGGGGUCACCAGCCGGUUCGCAAUCGUCGCCAUCGCAGUCUUGUCCAUUCCGCUUCUGCACCGAUCCGGAUCCCGAGGCCAUGGAGCUCAUGACCAUCGACGAGAUCAUGAAUGGAAAACCCUGCUGCGAGAAACACGCUUUUCGCAAAGCCUACCCCGGCCUCCUGACGCUCGUUCGGGUCUACCUCGACGCAAUCCCGGGUCUCGAUCGGGCCACGAGAAUGCGUCUUGGAGCCUAUUUGGACUUUGUAGCUGCACGUUCCAGUGGAAGGCUGCUGACCUGUGCGGCAUGGAUGCGAGAAUUCAUUCUCAAGCACCCCAGCUAUCGACAUGAUUCAAAAGUGACUCCCGAGGCAUGUUACGAUCUGAUCCAACGUUGCAUAGAACUUUCAGAGGGUCGUUGUGGUGAACCGGCGCUCUUGGGCGAUUUCUGGCCCGAGCAUCAUAUUGACGGGGAGUUAACGAGCCAUGAUUUUUCAAAAUUACGAAACCAGAUACAUGAAGAGGAUUCUCCGCAGUUGCGCGGAGAGUCAUUCCGCGAAGAGCUCCUCCCAGCAGCUGCAUCGCGAAUCCUCGAGACGGUAUCGAUAUCCGCGCGGACGCACGCGGGCGUUGCUGAGCAUCAUCACGAUCAGCAUGCUCGUCAUCGCGGCUGUGAUUACCACCAAGCACAUGGUGUCGACGAACGUCAACGUCGUCACCAUCGAGGUGCUGGUGCUUUGGGGCGCUUUCAAGAGGCAAGGCACCAGGCAGACCAACACUUGUGA